AUGAGCUAUGUAAUGCAAAAAUGUAAAGUUCUAAAAAAUAGUUGGACAAAACCGUGUAAUCAAAACUCAUCGAGUAACUUACAACAUUCAGAAAAAAUAGACACAGCGCUGAAAAAAUUGUGCUCGCUACCAACAAAAAUUUCCGAUUCAUCGUGGAUACCAGAAUGUCAGCCUAAUCUUUUUUUCGAUUCGCCUUUCGAUUUUGUCGAAUUCAACACAGCUCUCGAUACAAAAGAUACUAAAUCAGCCCCCGGUAUGGAUGGUAUCGACUUUGAAAUACUACAGAAAUUGCCAAUUAAACUGAAUCUAAUUUUAUUAGAUAUAUUUAAUGAAAUUUAUCUCACUAAUGACUUUCCACCAACUUGGAAGCAAUCAUACAUACACUUUAUACCCAAAGCAGACAACAACGGCGUGAGACCCAUCUCUCUAACCUCUUGUAUGUGCAAACUAUUUGAAACUCUUAUAAAAAAUAGACUUUCUUGGUGGAUUGAAUUCAACAAUCUCCUUCCAAAUAGUCAAAAUGGCUUCCGCAAAAGCAAAUCCUGCGCUGAUAAUCUUACCACGUUAACACUGAAAAUCGAAGAGGCAUUUAUAGAAAAAAAACAUCUCCUUGCGGCUUUUCUUGAUGUACAAGGGGCUUUUGAUAGCAUUAAUAUUGAUAUUCUUCUUACUAAACUUGUCGAUAUAGGAUGUUCAAGAAAUGUAGUUUUAUUUAUUAAAUUUAUAACUUAUGGAAGACUUAUUUAUGCGGAUUUCCUUGGGGAUGAUCAUCGAGAAACCUACAAAGGGGUGCCACAAGGAGGUGUUUUGAGUCCGUUGUUGUAUAUCAUAUAUGUAGCAUGCAUCCUCUCAAACAUUCAAAAAAGUAUUAUUGUAUCACAGUUUGCCGACGACAUCGCAGUAUACAUAAAAUGCGGCUCGAUUAAAAGAGGAAAACGGAUUCUAACUAAUUGCAUUAAAAAAAUAAAAAGCAACUUGGAAAAUAUUGAUUUAGAUCUCACGUCUUACAAAACUAAGUUCGUCCACUUCAACAACAAAAAUAUUCCCCCGGGUUCGCUCGAAAUUCAGCUCGACAAUUGUUCUAUCAAAUCAGUAGAAGCGGCUCGUUUUCUCGGAGUUAUAUUUGAUUACAAAUUGUCAUUUUCUCAACACGUCAACGCAGUCACAACAAAAUGUUCUAAAUCGCUCAAUAUAAUUCGUUUUUUGAGAGGUACGUGGUGGGGUGCUCACCCCGAAACGCUUAUUCUUCUUUACAAAAGCUAUGUAAGAUCCAUAAUGGAGUAUGGUUCUUUUAUCUACUUUCCCAAACGCAUCGAACUUGCUGAAAAGUUAGAAUUAAUUCAGCGAAAUGCAAUCAGAGCUGCUCUUGGCUAUAGGAACAGUACUCCGAACAAUGUAAUCAUCGCAGAAUCGAAACUUCCUUUAAUGAUUAAAAGAAUUGAAUUCCUUUGUAAAUGCUUUCUAGUCAAGUCAAUUUCUAACAAUAACAGCCAAACCGCUCAAACGAUCUCUAAAUUCUAUUACAUUGUUCAAAAGAAAAAAAAGAUCAGUUCUCGCCUCAUUUCUAAAUGUUUAGCCACUGUUAUGGUCGACCACUCUGCUAUCGAAACACACCUCAAUUUAUUAAUAUAUCAAUAUCAAUACGAAACGCUAGCAACUUCCAUUCCGAUCGAAACCGAACUAGGCAACAGACUGAAGGAAAGUAACAAUGCGAAUGAAGAGUUCAUGCAAUUUAUGGAAAAAAGUCAUGCAGUCUCUGUGUACACGGAUGGCAGCAAAAUCUCUGAAGGGCUUCAUACUGGAGCAGCUUGUUAUUGCCCAGAUUUAAACAUUCAUAUUAAAAAAGCAUUACACAGCAGGGCAUCUGUGUACACGGCAGAGUGCUUGGCUCUUAAUGAAGCGAUUGAUAUCGCCUUUCUUACUAAAAACCGUGAAAUCUUUAUCUUCUCAGACUCACUAAGCGCACUUGAAUCUUUGAAAUCGACUAAAAUCAACUCAACCACUAAUUCAUACAUCUUAGAGAUCAAAAGAAAAUAUAAAGCAUUGUCAACCUCUAAUCGUAACGUAACUUUUUUCUGGAUUCCUUCCCACAAAGGUAUUUCGGGCAACGAACAAGCAGAUGUUCUCGCCAAAGAAGCUACUGAAAGCACUAGUUCUGAUAUCACUGCCAUUCCGUUUACUGACCUUUAUGAAGAUUUUAAAAAGCAGGCGUACGCGGAAUCUGAGAAGAUUUAUUUAGAUAAAAGUGUUACUACAGGCACUAUAUAUUUUAAUAAUUAUUACAAAAGUAGCAGAAAACCUUGGUUUGUCGGUAGAUCCCUCAAGAGAGAAUUUAUUAUUACAAUAAAUAGAUGUCGAGCUAACCAUUAUAAUCUAGCAGCGUCGAUGUAUCGCAAAAAUUUAGUAAAUGAUCCUAAAUGUAAAUGCCAAAAAGAAGAUGAGGAUUUAAAUCAUGUAUUAUGGCAAUGUGCCCUCUACGAAGAACCUAGGAAAAAACUACAUAACUCUCUUAUGAAACUUAAACUGUUUCCACCGUUAUGUAUUGAAAUGCUUAUUGCGGAUCCAAAUAUCGAAGCUUGUAUUUGCGUCUUUGAAUUCCUAAAAAAAUGCUCUUUAAAAGUGUAA